AUGGGAACGAUCGAUUUCCUGCAACUAAAAGAGUUUCUGACAAAUACACCUGAUGACUUAGACAGUGUGGAACAAUGGUAUCAAAAGCUUUUAGAGUUUGAUGUGGAUACAAAUGAAAGUAGCACCAACACUGAGCUGUUGCUGAAAGCCCUCAAAUGGAUGAUGCAUUAUGAGCAUACCAGUGCUCAAGAAAUAAAAGCUCUGGCAAUCACAGAAGCAACCAACGCUACCGAUGUUGAAGAAGCGUUAAGGAAAGAAAACAGUGAACUGAAGAUUAAAAUCACUGAAUUAGAGAACGAAGCAAAGGCAAACUUCAACAACCAUGGUUUAGUUGAAAGUCUUCAAGCUGAAAACGAAGGACUUCGCGAAGAAAACAUAUAUUUAAAGAAUAUAAUGAGAGAAAAGGAACGUGAGACAACAUUAAUGCAAGAAAAAGAAAUACUACAAUCAAGGCUUCAACAGCUUGAGGCAGAAAGAAUUGACCUCAUAAAACAGCAAAGUCAUAUGGAAGAAGUCAUUCAUGACAUGACCCGUCGAUUAGAAGACAAAGCUGGAGAUGCUUUAAAAAUGGAAGCUGAGUCGCAGAAAUUAAGACGUCGAAGUGAACAAGCUGCAAAACUUUCAAGACAACUACAGGAAAUAGCACGACAAAACGAUACAUUAACGGCAGAAGUUGAAAAGCUUUCAUCGGCUUUAUCAUCAGCAACGAAAUUUAUUGAAGAAACUGGUGUCAAAUACAACAGUAUGAGAGAUGAACUAGUAGAAAAUGCCAAAUUUACUGAAAAAAUUCUAGCUGAAAAUGAAUCGCUGGCUAAACAGGAAAUUGUUACCCAAAAAGAUAUAGAGAUAGAAGAUUUUCGCAAAAGACUUCAUGAACUUCAGAUUGAAAUUGAGGAAACAAAAGCAAAAUACGAGUUUGAAAAUUCAAAAGCCAAAGAAGAAGAAUUAGAACGACUUCGAUUAGAACUUGUUACCGCCACAAAUCAAGCAAGGCAAUUAUUCGGAAGUUAUUUGACAACACAAGACGAUUCCGAUAUCAAACUGCAACAUCAAAUAGACUACCUAACCCAGACCACUGAAUUGCUUAAGGAUCAGCUAAAAGAAAAAACCGAAGAGUGCAAUAACUUAUUAAAAAGCAAUGAAAAAAAAGACCUUGAAAACGCUAAACUUUGUGCUGAGCUUAAAAAAGUGCGAAAGUUAACCUAUGGAAGUGCAGAAAGCGAGAUAAGUAGGUUGGAGAAGCAACUGGGAUUCCGCGAUCAGCAGAUAGAGAAACUAAAUUCUAAAUGUUCGCUACUUCAAAUCGAAUACGCGACUUGGAUCGAGUCGAAAAGGCUGCCAAAGGCAAGAGAAGAAGAAACUACAGAAAAUAAACCUGACGAAGCUAAAGAAGAAACAGCACCAAAAUGUGAUAUGAAAACAACAGGGACAGUAACAGAUGUACAACCGUUACCAGAAUCAGCAGUAGUAGUUCAACAACAACCAACGACAGUUGAUAUUAACUCAUUGGAAGCCAAUGCUAUGCUUAUUGCCUCACUAAACAAUGAGCUUAUGCAACUUUUACAGGAGUUAUCAGAUAAGGAUCAACAGCUGCAAAAGAUAACUAAACUAUUGGAAGAAGCUAAUAAAGAAACUGAUGAAAUAAAAAAGAAAAUAAACGCUGUACGCAGUGUUCAAAGUUUAGAGCAAAGAGAAACAGAUGAUAACAUGGAGAAAAAUGAUAAAAUUGUCGAGAUGGAAACCGCUAUUGCAGAAUAUAAGAUAGAGCGGUGUUAUGAGGCAGUACACCGAAAUUUGAUCGCAGAAAAAAUAAUACAUUCCCAGCUGGAACGCAAAAUUCAAAUAACGGAACGAUUAAGAAAUAGUGAGAAGCGUGACUACGAGAAAUUGAAAAGAAAGUACGACGAAGAUCACACUUUCUUCAACAAGCAGCAAAUACUUAGCCGUUAUGAAUUUCCUGAGAAGCCAGAUGACGAAAAUAUUUUGGGUUUAAAGCUUUUAAUACGAAAUGGAGAAGAGGAAAAACCAACUGAAGAACUAGUAGCUAAGAUUGAAUAUUUACAGAAUAUGGUGGUACUGUUAACCAACCAAAAUGAUUUCUGGCAAAAAGAGCAUGAAACUCUUCGAUGUGAAAAUGAAGAAAUUAAAAAACUGCUAGAAGAACUUGAAGGAGAAUCGCAACUAAAAUCGCUGGUUGUGUCCAUUGAGCGACGGUUUAUAGAUGCUCUUAAAGAGCAGAAGAACUGUGGUCAGAAACCCAUCAAUCCAGCGCUGUUCAUCACCAAUUCAGAGUUCGCGAAACGCAAACGCCAGUGGAACAUUGAACGGAAAGCAUUGAUUAAUGUGAUCCGAAAUUUAAAAAUCAAAAUACAGAAUGAUGCAUCAAAUAGAUUUGAGGGAAUAACGUUACAAGAGAUGUUUGAAAUAAGAAAUAAAAUGCAGAGAAUCAAUGAGGAAGAAAAAACCAAAGAAGAAGAGCUAAACAAGAUAAAACAAGAAAGAGAAGAAUUGAGUGCAGAACUGAUAAGUGUUAAAUGUGAGCGACAAAGUUUUGAGGAGAUAACCAAAAAUAACAACGAAAUGAUAAAAAUCCAGAAAAGUCUUCAGGCAGCACUUUUAAAUGCCGCUACUUCGGCAAGGGAUUUGGAGAAACUGAAAUGUACGCUAGGUAAGAAGAAUCAGCGAAUAGAAGAACUCGAAGAAGAAAAUGGAUCCUUGACUGCCAAGCUAUCGAUGUUGACAGCAGAUACCGAAUUUAUAACUCAAAUGCAGCAACAAGAUAAUCUACCAGAAUGUGCAACAAAAGUUGCUGAAGAACAAGAAGCAGAAACAGCUGUAGAAGCUGAAAAGACUGAAGACAUAAGCAAGAAGUUGCAGUUACAUCAGCCUGAGUCCUUCAAAACUGUCGUUUACGACAACUGGGAUGAAUGCCAGAAGCAAAUCCAACGCAUCAAAAACACAGCAGAAAUCUGUAUUCACAACUACAAGGCACAAUUGAUCAAUAAAGAAAAAGCUAUUGAGCGAUACAAGUCGCUUCUGGAGGCUUAUGAAAAAAGUACGGCAACCAAGGAAGUGGAUGAAAAAGUGGAAAAUGUUAGAGUCGAAGGGGUAAAAAAAUUCAGAAAAUCGAAUGAAAUUUUAGAAAGCAACGAAACUCAAGAAAUGAAGUGCGAACUGAUGAAAGCUAAGAACAAGGCUGAUGAGCUGGAAAAAUUGAACGAACAGUUGAGAGAAGAGCUUCAGACAUUAAGUCGUGAACGACUUCACCGUGUCGCCGAGCGUGGUUCGCAGACUGACCCAAUCAACCUAGGACCUCCAGCUCGAGAAAACAUUGAAGCAACAACACUUUCUCAAGAUACAGAAGAGGAACCGUUCCGGAUAGAAAGUGAAACAUCCCAUUCAGAAGAGAAAAGUGCCAAAUGGUCCACAAGUCGGAUUAGUAACGGUAAAAGUCCAGAAGCAUUUUUGGAGCUGGAACGAGCCAAAGCAGAAACUGCGCUCCUCAAGACUCAAAAUCGGCAUUUCACCCGGCUUAUCAAACAGCUCACUUUCAAGAAUAAGGAAAUGGAGAAUCUGUGUGAGGAACUCAGAAACGAUGCAAUGGCAAAAAUAGAAAAAAAGUUUAGUCCAAAUGAUAACGAAUCUUCCAACCUCGAAAUUAUAAGGCUUAACGAACAACUCGAGGAGUUAAAAAGGAAAAUAUCACAGCAGACAAAAACUAUUAAACAGCAGAAAGAAACUAUUGACAGUUUAGAAGACAAAAGUAAGACGAUUAGUUCCAGAACAUCAGAGGAUGAAGUCGCCCGUUGGUCUGAAAAGAAGACGCUUCAGAAAGCGGUAACAAAUUUGAAGAAAAAGACCGAAUUACUGCAAGAAAACGUCAAUGAUUUACAGAAAAAAUUAGAUAGAUGUGAAAAUGCAAACCGUAUUCUGAACAAAGAGCGUGAAGCAAACUUGAAGGAUUUGAAAAAUCUUCAAAAUGCUGUAGAAACUUUAAAAGCUGAAAGGGAUCAGCUGAAAAGUAACGAGGCCUUAUUGGAAAAAAAAAUUAAUGCGGCUGAAGAAACACUUCAUGCUGUCAGCAAGAAACUUCAAAUCGCAAAAGAAGUAAAAUUCUUGUUACCGCAAUCCUUAGAACAGCGAAGAGAUCAAAAACUUUUUUCUUUUCAGACAAAUGAGCAUUUAAAAGAAGCAAAACUUAACGAAAAUAUAUCGAAGCAACAGCAGAUAGAAGACAGCGAUUAUGCACAGGUUAAAAAACAACUAAAUAAAGUGGUUGACCAACUGAAAGUAACAGAAAGUAAUUACAAUACUUUAAUGGAAGACUAUAAAGCGUUAAAGGAGAAAUUGGACAAUUCAGGCGGUAAUGUUGAGGAAUACGCUGUUGUCGCUGUUCUUAGCGAUAAGCUUAAAUAUAAAGAAAAAAUUAUUGAAAGACAGUUAGCAGCGUUUUGUUGA